GGGCGUGUCCGCGUGCGGAAGCGGCGGCGGCGGCGGCGGCGCUCCCGGUCCCGUCCCGUCCCGUCCCGUCCCGUCCCGUCCCGUCCCGUCCCGUCCCGUCCCGUCCCGUCGCCGCUAUGUCGGGCCGCUGCUGCCAGGGCCAAACACCCAGCCGCGAUAUCCCAGGCCCCGGUAAACGCGUUUCGCUGCCCGACGGAGCCCCGCUGCCUCCCGGCAACUACAGCACCACGCCGGGCGGCACCGUGUUCGGGACCACGCCGGGCGGUACCAGGAUUAUUUAUGACCGUAAGUUUCUGAUGGAGUGCCGCAAUUCUCCAGUUGCCAAAACGCCACCCUCUGACCUUCCAGACAUUCCAGGUGUUACCAGCCCAACUGUGGAGGAGCUGAAGGCUGAGAACAACCAUGUGCAAAACUGUGAUGAGAAAGCCAGCGCAGGUGAGGAAGAGCAGUUUGACAUGGACAUCUAAAGCAUGUGCCCUGAGAGUGCUUAUCCAGUGAAGAACCAGGACCUUGUCUUGAGGAUUCCCACCAGCCAGGCUUAAAAACAGCCCAUGCCUUGAGUGCCUUCCUGCUUCUGGGCAAGGCAGUUUCUUCCCUUCCGAGCCCAGUGUGUGUCCUGUACAAGGGCUGAGCCUCAGCCCCUCUGGGGGCAAACACAACAAGUGCAGCCCCUGAUGAUGAUGAUGAUGAUGGGCCUUGGAGUGCCAGAGGAGACACUCUCAACGAUUGGGUUUUGUUUUCAGUUUGAUGCUUUUGUUAAUCACUUUUAAUACAGUAAAAGUUACAGCAAUGGAAUACAGGGGAGAAAUAAAAAUGAUGUUGAGUCUCCUGGUUGGAGAUGGAUGCAAUAAA